CGAUCUUAUCCCUGUUGCUUGACUCUUUAAUCUCAAAUGCAAGCAUCAAUUAUUAUUGCUGAUACUUAUGGUUACAGAUCUUAAACUUCCAAAUGUAAAACUUUGAUUAUGGUGUAUAAUCCAUGCGUAGUUUGUACUAUUGGCAUUAAUAAUACCUUAAAUCAUGCAGCUAUCAUAGACCAACCUGAGCAGACACCUACAGAAGCAGAAGCAGAAUGGCACAGAAGCAUGAUCGAUACUGGGUCAUUGCAAAUGCCAAAGAAGAUGACAGCUAGCUGCUGGAUGAUCUGUCUGUUUCUGCUGGGAUCUGUCACUGAGUUCAUUGUUCUAGCCAGUCCUGAGGUAAACGAAAGCCAGCAACAACAUCCUCAAAAUGUGUACCAUGACAUCGGUGUUACCAGAAACAAGAUUGUGACGGCACAGUUCGAGUGCUAUCAGAAGAUCAUGAAGGACAGCAGUCAAGACAGAAGAGUUGGCCCGGUGUGCAACAGGACCUGGGAUGGAUGGUUGUGUUGGGAUGACACAGAGACCGGCGUCACUUCUGAGCAACACUGCCCUGACUAUUUCCAGGAUUUUGACCCUACAGAAAUGGUCACCAAAAUAUGUACAGAAAGUGGGCAGUGGUUCUUGCAUCCUGAGAGUAAUCGCACAUGGACAAAUUUCACCAGAUGUAAUUUGCACACUACUGAAGGACGCAGGACUGCAAUGAAUUUGUUCUACUUGGCACUAAUUGGUCAUGGGCUCUCUUUAACAUCUUUGUUCAUCUCGCUAGGCAUAUUCUUUCAUUUCAAGAGUUUGAGCUGCCAGAGAAUUACCCUGCACAAAAACCUUUUCUUUUCCUUUGUAUUAAACUCCAUCAUCACUAUCAUUUGGUUAACAGCAGUGGCAAACAACCAAGAACUAGUUCAGGAAAACCCAAUCAGCUGCAAAGUAUCACAGUUUAUCCAUCUGUACAUCUUUGGAUGCAACUACUUCUGGAUGCUUUGUGAAGGGAUUUACUUGCACACACUCAUUGUUGUUGCAGUUUUUGCUGAAAAACAGCAUUUAAUGUGGUAUUACCUUCUUGGAUGGGGUUUCCCUCUUAUACCUGCUACAAUACAUGCCGUAGCCAGAAGUUAUUACUACAACGAUAAUUGUUGGAUCAGCUCAAGUACUUCUCUGCUAUACAUUAUUCAUGGUCCUAUCUGUGCAGCACUGCUGGUGAACUUGUUCUUUCUGUUGAACAUCGUACGAGUUCUCAUCACCAAACUGAAAGUGACGCAUCAAGCAGAGUCCAGUCUGUAUAUGAAAGCUGUCCGAGCCACCCUCAUUCUGGUUCCACUGCUGGGCAUCCAGUACGUUCUCCUCCCAUACAAACCUGGGGGACGUGUGUCUGCUGAAAUCUAUGACUACAUCAUGCAUAUCAUAAUGCAUUAUCAGGGACUGUUGGUGGCUACAAUCUUCUGCUUUUUCAACGGAGAGGUACAAGCGGUUUUGAGAAGGCACUGGAAUCAGUACCGCAUUCAGUUUGGAAGCGCCAUCAUACAGUCUGAUGCUCUGAGGUCUGCGUCGUACACGGCGUCCUCCAUUACGGAGGUCCAGGGCUGUUACAGCAUCGACGGCCACACAGAACACUUGAAUGGCAAAAACUGCCAUGACAUUGACAACAGCACCUUAAAACCAGAGAAUCCCUUUGCCUGGUACCGCUAG